CUCGGUUUAUAGUCAUUAAGUAAAGUCUCUGUUCAAAUGAUUUUUGUGAUAGAAUUUUGAAGGAAAGAAAAAAAAAUCAAUAAUUAUAUAUCGCGUAUAAAAAAUUACAAAAAAAAAAUUAAGAAAUGUGUUUCAAAAACUGAUUUUGAUAACUUAGGCUUUUCAAAUUUUAAUAAAUUUAGUAGUAUUUUACAAUUAAACAUGGCCCAAAUUCCAACAUCUACUGAUGCUCCACAACCACAACCACCAUCAUCAUCAUCAUUAUCAUCAUCAUCAAUAAUUAAUAAUAGUAGUAACAGCAACAAUAUCGGAAUAUUUGGCGUAGAUUUGAGUUUAUCCUAUGAUGCAAAAUCCGAAGCACCGUUAAUAAUAGUUUUGCUUACAUCGGAAAUAGAACGACAAGCUAGAACACAAACAAAUCUCGAUUUAUACAAAUUAUAUCGUACAAAAAUUCCUUUGGACAAUUUAAUCGAAUUGAGGGAUGUUCUCAACACAACAAAUGAUCAAUUAUUGAAAAUCGAUCUAACAAAAUAUGAAAUUCAAUACUUAGUUAGCAUCAUGAAAAGAUUUUUGAGGGAAUUACCCGAUCCCUUGGUACCCGUCGAGUAUUAUGAUCGAUUCAUCAAUAUUCUUAAGCAGUAUGCUGAUAAGUCAGUAGUUCAUUUGAUGCAUUUAAUUAAUAAUGAAUUGCCUGAAAACCAUCGCAUGACCUUAAAAUGGAUUAUGGCACAUCUGUGUCGUAUUUGUUGCAUGCAAUUUGAUCGCGGCAUUCAAGAAUUGCCGCUACCAUUAGUACAAUGUUUCUGUCAUAUUUUUCUUCGGCCCAUGUGGCCUGACAUUGUUAAAAUAGUUUAUAAUACGCCAGAACAUAUUAGGAUUAUGGAAAUGCUGCUUCUAAAUGGCGAUUGGCACAUCAAAUUGCCAGAUUUCGUUUGUGCACCGGCGUUGCCACCACGAAAGAACUCAUCAAGAAUCGGUGUGAUAAAACCAUCGGCAGUCGUCUCACCACAGCCACACAUUUCACAACCGUCACAUUACAAUUCAAUUCCGUAUCCAGUUAAGCCGACUCAGCAACAACCAUUACAAGAAAAUUUCUAUACUGUAACGAUGAUGAAUCCACACUCUACACUUGCAAAUAUUACAAAUACUGGACAAAUGAAACAGCAAGCUAUGCCAGGAAAACAAUCAUCACAACAAAAGUCGAUCGGCUCACUACCACUUACAACUCCAUCAAACCAAAUGACACCAACGAGUGGCGCAAAGCCUGACAGUAUGUGUUUGCAUGAUGCUGAAUGGUAUUGGGGCAAUAUAUCGCGUGACGAGGUUAAGGAAAAGUUGAUGGAUGCUCGUGAUGGAACAUUUUUAGUACGAGAUGCAUCGAAUGGAUGUGGUGAAUAUACGUUAACAUUGAAGAAAGAUGGAACCGAUCGUGUUAUCAAGAUUUUCCACAAUAGCGGUCGAUAUGGAUUUUUGAAGGAGAGCGUGCAUUUCACAUCUGUUGUAGAGCUCAUCGAUUUUCAUCGUACAAGAUCAUUAAAAGACUACAAUUCAGUUUUAGAUGUUAAAUUAUUAUAUCCGGUAUCGCGAUUCUCUCAUGAUGAAGAAUAUCGAAAUUUAUUGGAAAAUAAGGACGCAUUGGUACAAAAGUUUGUCGAUAUUACGACUGAAAUAAAGAAUUUGUAUCAUAGUUUGGAGCAAUUGUCGGAUGUUUAUAAGCGUACGGAAAGUGAUAUUGGUUUUAAACGCCAAGCACAAGAUGCAUUUAAGGAGGCAGAGGAUAUGUUUAAGGAACAAAUGCAAAUCCAAGAGCGUUAUCGAAAAGAAGCACAGCCUCAUGAAUUUAAAAGUUUGGACGAGAAUAGUGAACUGCUUAGGCAUCGUUUGAGUGCAUUAGAGGAUUGUAAAAGGAAUCUGGAAUCAGAUCUGGACAUUCAGCGACGACAGCACCAGAAAUUAGAAAUGGAUAUUAACAAAUUAAAAUUAGAAAUUAAUGCAUUAUUACGUCAGGAGAAGCGAUUGAAGCAGAUGAUGUUAACACACAAUAUUCCCGAUCAAUUGAUAAAGAGAAUUAUGGAGGAGGGGACAAGUGCAUGGAUCAAUCAGGAUAAUGUUGAGCAUACAUUUGCCGAAUCAUGUUGGUAUUUCCCCAAAUAUUCUCGUUCCGAUGCCGAGCGUGUAUUAGCCGAAGCACCAACAGGUACAUUCUUAAUUCGUCCAAGCUCAGCAAGUCGAGCGUAUGCAUUGUCGAUUAUGUGUAACGAGCAAGUGAAUCACUGCAUGAUUUAUCAAACGGAGAACGGAUUAUAUGGAUUCGCUGAACCAUUCAUCAUCUAUAAGUCAUUAAAAGAACUUGUUCUUCACUAUAGAACGAACUCACUAGAAGAGCAUAAUGAAAGCUUAAAAACAACUUUAAAGCAUCCGUUACGAGAGUAUUUGUCGACGAGAGAAAGCUCCAGUUCAACAAUGUCAUAAUCAGGUAAAGUGUCAAUGGCUGCGAUAGUACAACCCAGUUAUCAUUUCAAGUAAAAAAAAAAGAAAUUAGAAAACUAUUCAAUGUGAAUGAAACACAAAAAACAAAAAACAAAAAAUCUUUAAUAUAAACUUUAAAUGUCGUCGUAGUAGUGAUCAAAAAAAAUGUUAGAUGAAACAAUACAAAAAAAAAUCCAAUUAAAAAAUUUUGUCAAAACAUGAAAAACUCUUUUUAAAGCGGCACAGAAGUUCUUCAAAUUUGACAAUGCGUUCAGGCUAGGCAGAAGCAACAGACAUAAAAAAAAAGAAAGAAUAAUUUUAUUGGUGUACGAGACAUGAAAAGGAUGCAAAGUGAAAUUUGAACAGCUUUAUGGGCACGCGCUCAAAACAAAAAAAAAAUAAGAAAUAAAACAUUAAUAUUAUUAAACAUCAACAAACAAAUGAAAACAAAAAAUUUAUAUGAAAGAAAAGAAGAAAAAAUUGAAUCUUAUUUGCAUGUACUGUUUUUUAAAUUGUUAGGAUUUUCAAGUCAUUAUUUUAUAUAUUUAAAAAGAAGAAGAGAUAAUAUGCGAGAAAAAACUUUUUUUAAGACACCAUGACAUGCUAGAGUUGAGAGUCGAUUAAACUUCUUUAUCGAAUCAUGCAAAUAUCCGAUUGCUACUGAUGACAUAAAUGUGCAGUCAAAAACCAUUGACUGCAAAAUUAUCAUUUUAUUUUGUAAAAAAACCUUAUCAAUGUAAUCAAAAGUUUAUAAUUUAGAAAAUUGUAGUCCAUACUAAAGUGAAUUUUUCAAUUUUACUUGAAUUAAGAAUGAAGAGUCUUAUUUUGCAUUCUUGGAUGCUCAGCUUUUUGCUGAAUGUACUCUGAAAUUGAAGAUUAACUGGAACUUUUCCAAUUAUUUAAAAGAUUUCGAAUCUACUGGAUCUUUUUAAAUCCUUGAUCAUUGAAUUAUUGAGCCUUUCAUUUAAGGAUCAGUAAAUUUUAUAUUUUUGACAUUAAUAAGAUCCUAUAACAUUCAAUUUCAACAUCCAGAAGGCAAAUAAUAAUCAAAAACUCAAUUCAAGUAAUUUCCUAGCUAUAUCUUAGAAUAUCCAAUGAGAGUAUCGAUUAAAAUC